AUCCGUACAUUCCCACAGCCACUAGCCACUGGAUCCGUAAGAGCUGCAUCUGUUUGUUGAACUUUGUUGAAGGGCCGCGGGCUGCUACCAUACACGAUACAACAUCGCAUAAAAGCACCCUAGUUCCCAACAAGACAAGUCCCUCCCCCCAAAAAGUUGCACAUAGAGGCUUGAAUCCAACCUGAGUCGUUGGCCUGGCCAUUUUAACAUCGCAAUAGCGUGCAUUCACACCGUGAAUUUACCGCAUCAAUGCGUCUGUCAACGUCCAUGCCCCCUUCGAGCCGCUCUUCUGGUUCUACUAGCAGAAGCAGCCGGAGCGAUUCUCCCUCCCCUAUUCGGGCUGUUCAUGAAUAUCUGCACCAGCCUCGUGGUUUGCACGAACAUACCGAGAGGCCAACUGCACAGUCAUCAGCCUCGGCUGACGACACUCUCGAUCUCUUCGACAUCCGACAACUACUCUUAUCUAUCCAAUCGCAGUCGUCGCUGUCCGCGAGGACGUUCAACUUGUUCACUGCCUGGUGGACUCCCUUGCGUCCAAAGUGGAAGAGGCCCCAAGAGGGAGAUCGCCCCACGUCAGACGAUCGGUAUCAAUCGGGACCAGCUCGUCGGACAUUCCUUCUUUGCACGACUCCCCCGCCUUACGAUUCCAUUCUCCGAGGUCUGUUAACACUUCAAUUAGUUUGGACUCGCCUCAGCAGCCCGCACACAUCUCCGAGGCGAGCCUCAGCCCUCGACCUCAAAUUUCUUCGCCAAUUCGCUUCUGUGGUGUUCCGUCACCCACACCGUCGCAUCCCGACUCUUCCGGAAGUUCUCCAACUUUUACACACAGGCCAUCCACGCCUUUCCUGCGAUUCGUCACUCGGUCAGCGUCGCCACGUCCUCGCUUGUCUAUUGAUUUGGCCAAGACGCCCUCGCCUCUAAGUACUCCUUGCAAACACCCUCUCUUCCUUCCUCAAACUCCCCCCACGCCGUUUGGUGUCGCACUGAGAAAUCCGGUCGUGAUGCUAGCCUACGCACCCGAUUACACGCCUCCAGUCAAGCCCGCAUCAGAACCAGUUAGGGUUUAUGACAUGUCCCCUGAUGUAAGCGUGGGACACAAGUCUCCCGCAUUCCCCCCUUCGCCAGAAUUGCGGGAAACCCCACCUCCAGCGCUGUUAACAGAA